GCUCGCCGCCGCCACCGGCCGCCACGCCCCUACGCUCGCCGCGCGCCGCUCGACGCGAAGCACCCCGCGGUCUUUCUGCGAGGCAUCUCGCCGGGCGCCCGUCAAGAAGCCCCCCAACGAGCCCUUCAACGAGCCCCUCAACGAGUCCGGCGCUUGCACCGUCCAGGGAACCACCGUCUCGCCGCCUCGCCGCCCGGACAUGCCCGGAGGCGCGGACGGGCCCGGCACUCGGUGACUCACUGAAUGGAUAAGCGGGCCGCCCCGCGUCGCACCAACCCUACGACACUGGGCACGGCAGCGCGGGCAGCGCGGGCCCUUCGCGGCGACGCGGACACGUGCAGUUGACGAGCAGGCACAGGGUUGGCAGCCAUGUCGUCCUCGGUGGGCAACUCCCGGUCGGACUUCAUCCCGGAGCCGUCGGGGAGCUCGCUGACGUACGGCCGCGGCGGCGGCUGCUUCGUGUCGCGGAAGCAGGGCGUGCUCGCGGCCCUGGCCAUCCUCGGCGCCGUCCUGCUCGCCGCCGCCUUCGGCCGAUACGUCUGGGCGCCCGCGACCCCGGCAGUGGCGAGGGCCGCGAGCCGCGCCUUGAACGGAGCCUCCGUCGGCGAGCACGUCCACGACGAACGCCUCCCCCAGGACGUGCUGCCCGUCCGGUACCGGCUGCACCUGUGGCCCGUGCUGGACGUCGCGCCGCCCAACGCCACCGAGUUCACCUUCCAGGGCCGGCUGGCGCUCACGGUGCGGGUCGCGGCGGAGGGCGGCGCGGCGGCCAUCGCGCUGCACCUGUCCGACUCGCUGACCCUCGCCGACGAGGACGUGACGGUGGCCGAGGCCUGCCCCCACGCGCAGGCCCUGGCCGAGGCCUGGGACUCCUUCCCUGGCGGCGAGGACGACGCGAUAAAGAGAAUUCCUUUGAAGGCGGUGACCCGGGAUCCGUCGUGGGACACGCUGGAGCUGCGGACGGCGGAGAGGCUGGCCGAGAACGCCACGUACAUCGUGUUCUUCAAGUUCAACGGCACGCUGGGCGACACGCUCAGCGGGCUCUACCGUUCUAGCUACGUGGACGCCGUCACCAAGGCCAAGAAGUGGCUGGCCGUGACGCACAUGCAGCCCACGUACGCCAGGUCGGCCUUCCCCUGCAUGGACGAGCCGGGCUUCCGCGCGCCCUUCCGCGUCAGCAUCGCCACCAGCAACGCCACCAGCGCCAUCGCCAACGCGCCCCUCAACGACACCGCGCCCAUAGCAGCAGCCCCAGGAUGGCGGUGGCACCACUUCGAGGAGAGCGUCGCCAUGCCCACCUACCUCGUCGCCUUCGCCGUCACCGACUUCGGAUACAUCACGCCUCGGAUUAAACGCCUGCCUCGGAAUGCGGCUUCUCCGAGCACGGCCUCCACGACGGCCUCCACGACGGCACCGUCUAGCGGGGUGGGCGCGCAGGUGGACGCGCAGGUCGAGGUGCGGCUGUGGGCGCGGUCGACGGUCCUGGAGCGCGGCCGGUACGCCGUGGAGAUGGUGCCCAGGCUGCUGGACUACUACGCCGACUACUUCUCGGUGCCGUUCCCCCUCAGCAAGAUCGACCUGCUGGCCGUCCCGGACUUCGACUUCGGCGCCAUGGAGAACUGGGGGCUCGUCAUCUUCCGGGAAAUGCACCUCCUGGUGGACAAGGAGUCCGACGGGGUGGGCCCGGUCGAACUCGUGGCGGAGACGGUGGCUCACGAGCUGGCGCAUCAGUGGCUCGGCAACCUUGUGACGCCGGCCUGGUGGGACGAGCUGUGGCUCAACGAGGGCUUCUCUGAAUACAUCCAGUUCCAGGCCGUGGACCACGUGGAGCCCACCUGGCACAUGGAGGAGCGCUUCCAGACGUCGACCCUGCAGUCCGCCAUGCUGGCCGACUCGUCCAUGACGACGCGCGCCAUCGCCGCCAGGCUGCGCUCCAAGCACGAGAUCAUGCAGGCCUUCGACACCAUCGCCUACGAAAAAGGUGCCUGCAUCAUCCGCAUGCUGCGGCACAGCCUGGGGGACGCCGUGUUCCGGCGGGGCGUCGCCGACUACAUGAAACGAUGGCAGCACAACAGCACCACGGAGUCGCGCCUGUGGGAGCCGCUGACGGAGGCCGUGACGCACGCGGCCGCCAGCGCCACCGCGCCCUGGCACCAGCGCCUCCCCGCCAACCUCUCCGUGGCGCAGGUCAUGUCGGCCUGGACCAAGACCACCGGCUACCCCGUGGUCAACGUCACCAGGGCCGGCGGCAAGCUCGUCUUCACGCAGGAGCGGUUCCUGGGCCGCGCGUGGGAGCGCAGCGACUCGCGGCCCUUCUCCGGCCCCGAGCUGUGGUGCAUCCCCCUGAGCAUGGCCACGCGCGCCGAGGCCGCCAGGGACGCCGCCGUGCUCAACGACACGCGGCCGCGCGCCUGGCUGCUCGACCGGACCCUGGAGCUGGACGACGCCGGCAACGCCUCGGACUGGCUGCUGGUCAACAUGCAGCAGACGGGCUACUUCCGCGUCAACUACGACCUGGACAACUGGAGGCUGCUGACGGCGCAGCUCCGCGCCGACCCGGACGUGCUGCCGGCGGCCGUGCGCGCCCAGCUGUUGGGCGACGCGUUCGCGCUGGCCUUCGCCGGGCUGCUGCCCUACGGCGUGGCCCUCAACCUCACCGCCUACCUGCCCUCGCGCGAGCGCGACCCGCAGCCCUGGGCCGCCGCGCUGUCCGCCCUGGGCGUCAUCGGCGAGCAGCUCACCGGCCACCCCGAGAAGGUCGUGUUUGAGCGCUACAUGCAGAGGCUGCUGUCCCCCAUGUGGGACCGCGUGGCCCCGUCCGACCCGUCCACGGUGGCGCAGCCCUCCACGAACACGCGAGACGACAGGGACGACGCGAGCCACGUGGCCCUGCUGCACCGCGCCUCGCUCAUCGGCCGGGCGUGCGACGUGCACGUCGACAAGUGCGAAGACUGGGCGCGCCGCGCCGUGCACCUCUGGCGGCUGCAGAGCGACGACGCCAACAGCACGGUGCCCGUCAUGCUGCGGUCCGCGGCCUACUGCUCCGCCGUGGCGGCCGGCUCCUCGGACGUGUGGGACUUCAUGUGGGAGCGGUACCUGGCGGCCAAGGCGGGGCCGGGCUCGGACAGCAUCAGCAACGCCAACACCAUCCUCGGCGCGCUGGCCUGCACCAGCGACCCGGCCAGGGCCACGUUCCUGCUGGCGCGCGCCCUGGACGACACGGACAUCAGGCAGCAGGACGUGGGCGUGGUGUGGAUGGCCGCCGCCACCAUGCCGGUCGCCAGGCUGGUCGUCUUCCCCUACCUCCGCGAGAACUGGCCUCGCAUCCACGACAAGUUCGGGGGCAGCUCCAUGGUCAGCAGCACGGUGCUCACCGCGGCUACGCUGUCGCUCUCGUCCGACGCCGACCUCCAGGACCUGGACUCGUUCCGCGCCAAGUACAACGACACCCUGAGCGUGGCGUCGUGGAGCAUCGACAACAGUGCCGAGGACCUGCGCACGGGCGUAGAGUGGCGCCAAAAGAACCUCCCCGCCGUCAGGGACUGGAUGCUCAACGCCCUGCGCACCCCGUACCUCUUCAGCUAAAGUCAAGGAAUAAAUGACGUCUUUUGUA